GCAGCACAGCGGAUCUCUGGGUGGUCGCGUGCCACGUGGUUCCCUGGCUCCCCGCCCAUCUACGACGUCAACACGAACUCCCACGUCUUCCCCGAGCACGUCAGGCAGCGGCCAGUCUGGCCCCGGGGCGCCAUCCCGCUGGCGGAGUGGUUCGAGGCGCACGCGCAUGUGUUCCGAGACGACCUGGACAGGAUCCUGAGGGAUGACCUCUUCGACGAGCUCUACUUCAAGGGGCGCGUCUCGAUCUCGGGUUCAGCGGCAGGAGGGAGUCCUGGGCGCCCCUGAACCUCAUCCACAACCGUGAGCUGGCGCCGCACGCGUGCGAGGUGGCCAACAGGAGCUGCGAGCUGCUGCUGACGAGGCCGGAGAUCGCGCGCUGCGACGCCAAGGUCGGGGCAGCCAGCCGAGGCUGGCCCCCGGCAUGGGCAUCAAGCCCCACUUCUGGACGGCGCCGCCGCGGCUCGGCGUGCACCUGGGGCUGCGCGUGCCCCCCGGGGCGAGCAUGGCCGUGGGCAACCGCACCGUGGUCUGGCGGGACGGCGAGGCCGUGGUCUUCGACGACACGUACAUCCACACGUGCGGCACCAGGGGGCGGAGACGCGGUACUUGCUGAUCGCCUGGUUCUGCCACCCGUGCGACCCAGUGCAUGCGGAGGUGCCGGCCGAGGAUCCCAUGGGGAUGUGUGCGCCGUGAGAAAGACCAGCCCGUCGGUUCGAUCGAGGUGUGCACG